AGUACCAAAGAAGGUAAUUCACAGGGGCGCGUGUCUUAAUGCCUCACGAGCUGCCUACAGAGACGGCAUCACAGGCGAAUACAUGCGCAUAUGAUGCCUAAAACGUUUUCUAGUCAUUAUUACUGAAACUUCUAGGCUACGUCACAACCUAGAACGUGCUGGUGCUCGCGUCUCAAUCUCUCAUAAAUCCACGAGUGUUGCUCCGAGAGGUUUAAUUGAAGUGUUGGUCAUCAGCGACUGAACGUCAUCUGCAGAAAACCUGAACAGUCAUUUGCAAAUUUGGAAUUUGAACAUUUUUGUUUGUGAGCUACGCACAGUUUCAUUGGAAGAAGAGGAAGACCAGCAGACAUCAGUAGCGAAUUUCUGUUGCAACAUAAAGCAGGAUGGAGAAGAUGAAAGAUGGCAAGGGGAAGCAGGUGACGUGUUUUCUCAUGUACUGUGUGUCAACAGCAGUCAUCGGCUCGCUGCAGUUUGGCUACAACACAGGAGUCAUCAAUGCACCGGAUGAGAAAGUGAAAAACUUCUUCAAAAAUGUGACUUUGGUUCGUACCGGAGUGCCCAUGCAUCCCUCUACUGUCACAACAGUAUGGAGUAUUGCCGUUUCUAUCUUCAGUGUCGGUGGGAUGAUCGGCUCUGUCUGCGUUGGUGCUUUGGUUAAUAAGCUUGGGAGACGGAGGUCCAUGCUGCUGUGCAACAUCCUGGCUGUGAUUGGUGGAGGGCUAAUGGGUUUAUCCAACUAUUGCAAGUCCUAUGAAAUAUUGAUAUUGGGUCGUCUGGUGAUUGGUGUGUUCUGUGGACUGUGUACAGGGUUGACGCCCAUGUACGUUGGUGAAAUUGCACCAACUGCACUGCGGGGAGCUUUUGGUACCCUUCACCAGCUAGGGGUGGUCAUCGGCAUCUUGGUGGCACAGAUCUUUGGUUUGGAGUCAUUGCUGGGAUCUCAGACAUUGUGGCCAUUGCUGCUGGCUUUGACAACCCUGCCUGCAGUAGUACAAUGCAUUAUGCUGAUUUUCUGUCCAGAAAGUCCUCGCUACCUGCUUAUCAAUCUGAACCAGGAAGAUAAGGCACGACAAGUGCUGAUUAGUCUUCGUGGACAUUCAGAUGUGGAGGAUGAUAUUCGUGAGAUGAAGGAAGAAGCCUUAAAGAUGUCUACGGAGAAGAAGGUGUCCAUCCCAGAGCUGUUCCGUAACGCCUCUUACCGACAGCCCAUUAUCGUCGCCAUAAUCCUGCAGCUUUCCCAGCAGCUCUCUGGUAUCAACGCUGUGUUUUAUUAUUCAACAGAUAUCUUUAGGAGUGCAGGUAUCACUGGGCCUAUCUUUGUCACUAUUGGAGCAGGAGCAGUCAAUACUGUCUUCACUGUGGUUUCUCUCUUCCUGGUAGAGAGAGCCGGCAGAAGAACCCUUCAUUUGAUUGGAUUGGCUGGAAUGGCUGUCUGUGCUUUAAUCAUGACCAUUUCUCUUAAACUAGUGGUGAACCCUGUAACGGUGGAAGCUGGACUGGCUCAAAAUAGCACAGCCAUACCAACAACUGAAGUAGGAACUUCUGCAGUCAGCAUUUUGGCCAUUGUAGCAGUCUUUGGAUUUGUGGCUAGUUUUGAGAUGGGACCUGGACCGAUCCCAUGGUUCAUAGUUGCAGAGUUAUUCGCUCAGGGUCCACGGCCAGCAGCCAUGGCCGUGGCUGGAUGCUCAAAUUGGACCUCCAACUUCCUUGUUGGACUGCUGUUCCCACAACUAUUGAACCUGUGUGGUCCGUACGUGUUUAUCAUCUUUUUCGUUCUCCUCAUCUUCUUCUUCGUCUUUACCUACUUCCGGGUUCCUGAGACCAAGGGACGGACCUUUGAGGACAUUGCCAGUGGAUUUGCCAAUACUGCAGGUUCUAACCCUCCAGACUAUUCCUCUCCAGACAGUGUAGUCACUCGACCAACAUCCACAUCAUCAGAAAAAGUACAAAUGGCUAACUUGAAUAGAGAGUCCGUAACAAAUCCAUAGAAAAGCCCAUAACGAAGACACAUGUAUGAUGCUUAAUUAUUAGACAUUAUGAAAGAUGUAAUAGACCCUUUUACUGUUUGUACACAAUGAUGACGUGGCAGCGUAUGCGCGCGCAUUUAGGCAACGGAAGUAUGGUAAGAAUCAGCAGCAGUGAAGCAGCACAGACCUAGAAAGUUAUUUAAAAAGUUGACUUUAUCAACUUUUUUAACACAGCUACCAGAUCCGUGUACUAUAGUGGAGUGGAUAGAAGACGUUAGCAGAUGGCCAAAAAUAAAGUUGCCAUAUACAUAUAUACGUAUAUUGAUGCUGGGAAACUGUUUUAAUAAACUUUCUGAGUUCCUAACACGUUAGAACCACUGGGGAACAACACCACUUCUGUUGCCAAAAUGCGCGCGCCGACUAUUUGAUCACGUGGGCUGUAAAAGGGUCUAUAGCUUAAAGCAAGGACAUCAUGUGACACAGGAGGUUUAUCAUUUUUCUUACACAUCAGCACUUACGGAUGUGUGAUGAUGGAGAAUGAUUUCUCAGGGUGUGUAAAAAAAUAAUUCCAUAUGCACACAAUUGAUCUUAUUAUUGUAUACUGAUAUUUAUCAAUUUGACAAAACUAUAGAUGUUACACAGUUUUUAAACAACAAUUGGAUAACAGGGAUUCUAAUCCUAAAAAGGGAUUUUUGCCGCAAUGCCUAGAAGAUCCUUUUGGUCAAAAGAUCAAGCUCUAUUGUUACCUUUUUAUAGACUGAAUAACACUUUAACAUUUGUGGUACAAAAAGGUCAAACUUAUUUUAUGAUACAACACAGCCAAAAAUGGUUCUUCUGUGGCAUCAUGUAGCACCUUUAUUUUUAUACGUUUAAGGUAUUGUGAAUAAUACAAAGAGCAAACUGAUUUUAAAGCACUUAUUGCCCCAGUAUUUUGUUGUUGUUGUUAAACCAGUUUAUGUAGUUAAUAUAACGUCCUGCUGAUAGUAUGAAAUAUGUGUUUAAAUAGUGUUAUUCAUCCCUAAAGUAUUUAGCAUGACAUGUUAUCACUCAACAUCACUGAAUGGUAAUGCAUACUAAUGCAAAAUCAUUUGGCGAUGAUCACAGAUUCAGUGUUUAACAUGAGCAAACGUGCAUCCUGCAUGUCAUGAGUUUUACAAAGUUCACACCAAAAGUGUUUCUUGUUUGAAUGUAAUUAACAUACUGUAAUGUUGAUAUGUAUUUUGUUAUAUUUAUGGCUUUUAUAAUGUUGUUAAACAUUUCUGAAGACUGAAACAUUUAUUUUUUUUAUAAUGGCAUGAGAACUUUUAUUUAAGUUUUGUUUGAGAGAAUAAUAUAACUAAGCGGCACAUGUGUAUUACAAACAAUUGAUGUGAUAUCAUGUGACUGAUUGCAUCAUCUCUUUGGUAUUCUGUACAAUAUAACUCUGAUCUCAGUGUGUCAUAGCAAAACUGCUCUUGAAAUCUGUGUUUCACCCAGUACAUCAUCCAACAAAUUAUUUUCAGUAUUAUCUUACAUUCACAAUUUCCAUUUGUAAUCCACAAUCAUGUGAUAGUUACUGUAUAACUAAUAAUAGUUUUUGAAUUAUUUCUGGGAACUGUGCAGUUGUGUAUUUUGUAUGCACUUUAUUUGUUUUGUAACUCUGAAUGAUUAAAAACCUUGUUUGGAA